AUGCCGUCGCUGCGGGAGAUCAUGCUGAACCGGGCCAAGGAGCCCGCCAAGGUUCAUCCAAUGGAUCGGGCUCCACCAACUCCGUUAACAGCGGACAGUCCAAGGGCGCCCGGGACGCCCGUGGAGACACCUCAGAGGAAUGGCUAUGGCCGUCCUCCAAGGCCCAAAGCAACACCAGGAACCAAUGCCAGUCCGGGUAGUGCUGGGUCUAUGCAGCCCAGAAGGCCUAGUGAAGAGAGGCGGCCACGAGCAGCAGAUGUGGCGACACCUCAACGAGGGCGAAGAACACCAAGUGAGCCUCCACGAGGUAGACAAGAGGAUGAGGAUACUGGCACACCUGAUGGAAAGAGAGCACCAGGCAAGGUCACUUUCGGCCAAUCGCGCUCCGGAGAAGAUCCGCAUAGGCCAGGCUACAGAAAGGUUGACGAGGUCGAGCGACUGGAUACGUUGGAUGUUCUCAGGCAACGGAAGGAGGAGGUGGAGAGAGCGCAACGAGGUCUCCCUUUCAAGAUCGAGACCGUAGGGCAGAAGCAGCGAGAAAAGGAUCUGAAUGAUCGCUUGUUGCACAUUGAAAAGCUGACAGGUAUGUUCUCCAAGCCGGUGGUUUUUGUCCCGGCGGAUUCCGGGCCAAUUGCAGCUUCUUUGCCAUCUUUAGGCGAGAAAGAUCGUCACAUACAAGCAGAGGCGGCAACGGGUACCUUCUGUAGGCAUCAACAAAGGCAUGAGAAAUUGAUACUGUGA